AUUAAGUCUGACAAAAGUUAGUUUUUGUCGAUGAGGUUAAUUAUAAAUUACUAGAUAAACAAAUUAACAAUCCGGAAGUAUUAUGUGCGAAUAUACACGUAUAAAUUAAUUGUGUAACAGUUAACAUGAGCUUUGACUUAAACUGAAAUGUUUCCCCGUAGCCGGUGCAAUGGAGUGAUAAGUAGAGUAAAGUGGUCAUUUCCAGGUGAUUUCAUAAAUAUCCGGCUUUGACAACCUUCUCUCUCCAUCGGUUAGUAUCAUUGCGUGGAUCCCGAGGAUUUACAUGUUAUAUUCAAUUUGGAAGGAUGUUACUCUUCAACAAAUUGUUCAAGUAUUAUAAUGUAGUGGUAACUCUUCACUGCAUAAGAUAUAUACUUUCUGUCGAUCAUGAUCAACCACAAAUAGUGUAUGUUCUACUGAACAUGACAGAAGUGUUCCUGAACUGUUCAUCGAGUAGAGAGGUAGCAUGGACACGUGGUGAAGAGGUUUUGGUACAGGGUGGAAUGAAAAUAACAUCUGAUCCAAGAAUCCAGCUGAUAAUAGAUACACAUGUAAAGAGGCUACAUAUCAAAGAUAUAACAAGCAACUAUUCCGAUGUAUAUCAAUGUGUAAAUUAUAUUGCGGGUCAGAUAAAGAAUGUUUCCAUUGUAACCUACAAUGUUACUGUAGUUGAGGACCUUCAUAAAACAGACGAUACAACAAGCUUUACAGCAGUAGAAGGGACAACUGUUAAAAUGACUUGUCCUGUUUACGGCAGACCCGAACCUGACAUUAAAUGGUACAUAUGGUACAUCAGUAAUAGUUAUUUACAAGACAUCGGUAUAUCUGGAAAUGUGUUAGAAAUACGAAAUUUUACCAGGGAUUGUGGGGUUCCUUAUAUGUGCAUAGCGAAGCAUAAACUAACCAAAUCUUUAAAUCAUACUUGGACGCCUAUACCAGAAUUUCCACCAGUUAUCACUGUGAAUGCUGCGUCGCACAAAUUCAACAGAACGAGUGAAGGAAUCUAUUUUUCAGCUCAAAAGCUUGAUGAAUUAAAAUUGUUCUUUACUAUCACAGCAAAUCCGUUUUACAAUGUAACAUGGACUAAAGGUGAAACGUGGCUAGCAAAUAUCACCUAUACGGAUAGAAAUACGCCAGAUAUUAAUAAAAAUACAAAAUUGGAUAUGAGUUAUGAUUGUCAUUUUGAUUUAAAACCUAUCAAUAGAAAUGAACAUACUCAUAACGCAUCUAUUGUGUUCCGUCUUACAGAUCUAGUCAUGUUUGGUGAAUAUAAAUGCAUAACAUCUAAUGAAUAUGGUUAUAAUGAACAAAUUUUCAACAUCAUUCAGAAAGUUGGAUAACAUACUUUCUCGUGUGUACAGAGUUUUGGAAUAUUUGUUUUAUUACUUCUAUACUGUUUUAUCUGGAUAUGGCCAAAUAUGGUUAUACUGUUUUGGUUUUGUUAUGUAGGGUGCGAACACUACCAAAGUUGUGCCAUAAGUCGGAUGAGAGUAAUAACUAAAUCAGUGUGGUCAAUAGAUGAGAACAAUUAAAAAAGUAUGUGUUUUCAGACGGGUGUGAAAAAUCAUUAAUGUUUGUGAUUAAUCAGGUGAGAACAAUAAUAAAAUAUGUGUUCUCAGAAAAAUUAGAACAACAAAAGGAUUGAUGUGCUCCUUUGGAUGAAAACACUAACCAAAAUGUGUGUGCUCAGUCGAAUAAAACCAAGAA